CUUGCUGCUGACCACGCCCGUGUAAACAGCCUGGUUGGUCACCCUCUGCCUUAGAGUGUCACAGUUUGACAGUGUGUGUGAGUGUGUAGGUAUUUUUGUGGGUGGAGCGAGUCUAUUUCUGGCCCUGGGCUUGAGAGUCCUGUUGCUCUCUCGUGUUUGAAUACAUUUUUCUUCAGUUCAAAUCAAUUCGAAAAACGUUUUGUUUGUUCUUUUGAAUGGGCACCAUGAUGAGGGAAACAGAUCCAGUGGGGACAGAGAUUGACCUAGGAGACUCUGAUGAUGAAGACCUUGCCGAAGACCUGGAUGAUGACCGUGAGGAGCCUCAGCUGCUAUGGAAGGCUGAACUGGGGGAUGGAAUGGAUGAAGAGGAGGCUGUGUCCCCGUUAGUUGACGUUAGUGACACCAAGCCCCUGCUGAAAGAAAGAGACCCUAGAGGAGUCAACGACUGUCUGAAGGUGACCUUUGAGGAUGUGAUAGCGGAGCCGGUGUCAGUGCGUAGCGGAGACAGAGUGUGGAUCUGGAGUAAUGCCCUGUUCGAGGUCACCAGGGUCUGGAUCUACCGGAUAGUAACUGUCUUGCUGGCCGUCCCUAUAUCCAUCAUCACUGCACUGCUCUUCGCCAUCCUCAGCUUCCUACACAUAUGGACCUGGGCCCUGCCUUGUACCUCUCUGCCCCCCUCCUCUGACUAUCCUAUGACCGUGACCAUGGCUGACAUCAACAACGGUUAUGAACAGAAGUUCCAGACGGACAGACAUCAUAAAGAGAUUGACCUGAUCAACAGAGACCCCAAGCAAGUUAACGAGGAUGUAGUGAAGGUAGACUUUGAGGACGUGAUCGCUGAGCCUGACGGGACUCACAGUCUGGACGGGGUGUGGAAGGCCAGUUACACCACCUUCACUGUGUCCAAAUACUGGUGCUACCGUAUCCUGUCUGCCAUUUUGGGGAUCCCCAUGGCUCUACUGUGGGGCUUCCUAUUUGCCUGCCUCUCCUUCUGCCACAUCUGGGCUGUGGUGCCAUGCAUUAAGAGCUGCAUGAUAGAGUCCCAGUGUUUCAGCCGUAUCUACUCCCUGGCCAUACACAUCUUCUGCGACCCGCUAUUUGAAGCCCUGGGAAAGAUAUUCUCAAGUGUUCGGGUGGUGCUACAGAAGGAUGUGUAAGGUUCAGAAGCAUGGGUCAGAUUAAUAAUUGGAUAGGGUAGUGAUGGUGCUGCACCGUCUACUCUCCACUCUAAAGUAGGUCACUUCCCUGGCCACAUGUCUGGUUGCUGAUGCUGGAUCUGAGUCUGACUCAUUUUCCAAAAAGAGCUUGUGAUUGAUAGAGAUUAGUGUGUUCAAUCGGAAGACAAAAAGAAUAGUGCUCUUCAUUUGACCUCUCUUUUGUUGAUGAGAAUUGCAAAUGUUUAGUGUAUUCAAGGUUUAAAAUGCCUUCUAAAAAUUUAAAUUUCCACUUUAAAAUGUCAGAAUUUACUUUAAAAAUGUUUCAAGUUCCUGUUGUUGCAGGAUUAUUUUCCUGCUGUGGCAAACUGCCUUAAAAUAAGGUCCUACUGUACAUUUGUACAUGUAGAUGGGGGUUCAAUUAUGGUCUAUACAACAUGGUACACUACAAAAAACACUCAUCCAUGAUUGAUUUAAUGGUAUUCCAUACUUUAUUUUACAAACUUUAUAAUAAAAAAAAAGAUAUAUUGUC